UAGAUUUCGAACGUUAAAUAAGCGCAGAAAGGAAGAAGAAGAAGAAAAAGAGGAGUUUGAGAGAAAUGGCGGAUUUGUUCCAUAAGCAGGCAAAGGAUUACGCAGAGACUAGGCCAACAUACCCACAAGAAUUCUUCAAUUUCAUUGUUUCCAAGGUGCCUUCAAGCGAUCUCGCCUGGGAUGUCGGAACCGGCAGCGGUCAAGCUGUCGCGACUUUAUCUGCGAUAUACAAAAAUGUGGUGGCAACGGAUACAAGCCAAAAACAACUGGAUUAUGCUCCAAAAUUUCCCAAUGUUCGAUAUGUAUGCACUCCUGCUGUAAUCUCUGCGGCUGCCAUUGAAAGGGAUGUAGCAGCACCCAUGACAGUUGAUUUAGUGACUGUAGCUCAAGCACUCCACUGGUUUGAUCUCCCAAAUUUUUAUCAACAUGUGAAAACUGUCCUAAAGAAGCCCCAUGGUGUCAUUGCGGCCUGGUGCUACACCACUCCUCAAGUUAACGACGUUGUUGACUCUGUCUUCUUGCCCUUCUACACUGAUUCUAGACCAUAUUGGGAUGUUGCCCGCAAAUUGGUUGAUGACAAAUACAGGAAUGUUGAUUUUCCAUUCGAGCCCGUGGAUGGAGAAGUUGAUACAGGUCCUUUUGAGUUCAAGACACAAAGAUUGAUGAGCUUGGAUGAUUACUUCACUUACAUAAGGUCGUGGUCAGCUUAUGGGACAGCAAAGGAUCAAGGUGUUGAUCUGCUCAACGAAGAGGUGAGUCAGGCCUUCAAGCAAGCCUGGAUUGGAGAUGGAGAAGAGCAGAAGAAACUGGUUGUCUUUCCUCUUCAUUUAAGGAUUGGAAAAUUGGGAAAUUGAUGGAAACUAUUCAAAUGGAUCUAGUCUUGGGGUCAAUAAUUAUAAAUUUAUAAUUAGCUAAGGUUGUUUUUUUAACUUUACCCACUUUUGGUGUCUUUAAUAAUUGAAGUUAUGCUGUUUCCCAAAAAUAUAAGAAAUAA